UUUUGUUAAUUUCUACCUACAAUAACACACAACCCAUUUGCGGGAUUUAUAUUUAAAAUAAAUAUAUAUUUCAAAUGUUUUCUAUUCUUAGUUACAGAUAUUUGAAAAAUAAAACUUCAAAGAUAGAGAAUCAUGUCCAAGGAUAUUAUUGUUCUAACCCCUAAUGGAAGAAGACAAAAAGUUCACUGUACACCAGACACCAGUAUGCUACAGAUUUUAGAAGAUGUAUGUCAAAAGCAAGGUUUUCAAGCAACUGAUUAUGAUUUAAAGCAUCACAAUAAGAUAAUUGAUUUGACCACAACUGUUAGAUUUUCAAACUUACCUAACAAAGCUACGCUUGAAAUGGUUGAAAUUGAGAGAAGGCGACAAGAAACUGUUGUCACAAUCGGAUUACUGUUAGAGGAUGGUGAUAGAAGAACUGCAGAUUUUGCUCCGAACACGUCUCUGUUUGAAAUAAUUACCAACUUGGCACCAACUGAAAUAAAAUGUCUAUCACAACCAACAAUACUAUACAUGAGACAAGAAGUUAUUGGAGAACUGGCUUUAAGAGAAAAGACAUUAAGACAACUUGGUCUUAUAGGUGGCAGAGCAAUUCUGCGACUAUUAAAUAAGGGAGAGGAAAAUAAGCAAGCCAAUGUAUCGGCUGUUUAUAGAAAACCCAUUUCUGAGAAACCAUCUUCGAACGAUGAUGAUGUUCAAAAAUCUUCAACAGUUGAUCAACAAGUAACACUUGCACAAGAAAAACCAGCUGCUGGACCAUCUGAUAUGAAUAAAUUUGAUACCAAAGUUGCUAAACUUCUUAAACUCAAUGACAGUGUAAAUAAUACCAUUAAGAAGGCCGUUCAAAAUAAAGUCGAAAAUGAAAUGGAUAUAUCAACGAAUCUACCCACAGAAGUGCCUUUAACUACCUCAACUUCGUCAUUGCAAACCAAUGCCUUACUCACUCAGGCAAGCUUAGAGAGGCGACUGAAUAUAGAAGAAGAAGUUACAUUCUUGGGGUCUCAAAAAGCAAUUGCAUAUAUGCAACCAGAACACUCACAUGAAGAUCUUGACGACCUCCCUGAUGAUUUCUACGAACUAACUAUUGAGGAAGUCAGAAAACUAUAUCAUGAUUUACAAAAAAAUCGUUUGGAAUUAGAAAACACGCCUCUUAUUACAACUUCGAAAAAAGAGGAAAUUCAGAAACAGACAUCACAACAGAGACUCGAAAGCUAUAAAAAUGUAGUUGUAAGAAUUCAAUUCCCGGAUCGAAUCAUACUACAGGGGGUGUUUAUGCCUACAGAUAAAAUACAAAAUGUUAUUGAAUUUAUAAAAACACAUCUUCAAACUCCUGAAAGACAGUUUCAUAUUUUUACAACACCUUUAAAAGAAACUCUAGAUCCGAAUAUGACUCUCAUUGAAGCUAAAUUUGUGCCUUGUGUACUUAUGCAUUUUAAGUGGACUGAUGAACAGGGAGAAGACACUUAUUUGAAAGCAGAGAUAUAUACAAAGAAAACUUCAAGUGACGCUGCAGGAAUUCUUGCGUCUAAAUACAGGGCGCCCAACAGAAGAAAACUAGAGGAUGCAGCUGGUUCAACCAAAACUAAUCAAACUCCGAGUUCAUCAAAAAGUAGUAAAAUGCCAAAGUGGUUCAAAACAUAAAAAAGCAAUCAUUAAUGACAAAUUAUGUUUUAUUUCUCCAAAAUACUUUUACAGCUUUAAAAAGAAA